AUGGCAAUACUUCCAGGGUCACCAAGUGGUCGUGAGAACGGACCAGGGAAUCCGCCAGAGUACAAGGCCCUCCUGGGCGGCUUAAUCGUAGCUCGGGAAGUCGGGGCUACGAGGCUGGAGGUGUGUAGUGACUCACAGGUCAUCACCUCGCAAGUAAAUGGAAGCUACCAAGCCAGAGACUCGCUGCUGCAGAAGUACCUGGAGAAGGUCAAAGAGCUGAGCAAACAAUUCGAGGAGGUCACGGUCCAACACGUUCCGAGGGAAAGGAACACACGGGCAGACCUCCUAUCCAAGCUAGCAAGCACGAAAUCGGGAGUUGGCAACCGGUCCCUCAUUCAAGGCAUGAUAAAAGAACCAACAGUUGCCCUCCACCUGAUAAAGAUAGGCCCUUCCUGGAUGGACCCCAUCACAAAUUUCCUAGAAAACGGCAGACUCCCUGACGACGAGAAGGAAGCUAAAGCGUUGAGAAGGGAGGUGGCCAAAUAUGCGAUCAUACAAGGCCAACUGUUUAAAAAGGGACUUAGCCAGCCCUUACUGAAGUGCCUGCAUCCCGACCAAACGGACUACGUACUCAAAGAAGUCCACGAAGGGUGUUGUGGUCACCACAUCGGGGGUAAAGCCCUAGCAAGAAAACUCAUCCGAGCUGGAUAUUACUGGCCAUUGAUGAUGAUGGACUCCAAAGAAUUCUGGGGAGUCGACCUACUAGGACCUUUCCCGAUUGGCCCGGGACAAGUCAAAUACCUCAUAGUUGCCAUCGACUACUACACUAAAUGGAUAGAGGCUGAACCACUGGCCAGCAUAUCCUCAUCCAAUUGUCGAAAGUUUAUGUUGAGGCAGAAAUUCUCCUCUGUAGAGCACUCCCAGACGAACGGUCAAGUUGAGGCUGCAAACAAGGUCAUCUUGCUGGGCCUCAAGAAGCGGCUGGCCAACAAAAAAGAUGCAUGGGCUGACGAACUCGCCUCGAUUAUCUGGUCUUAUCGAACAACGGAGCAGUCGUCCAUAGGAGAAACCCCUUUUCGCCUGACGUACGGGGUGGAUGCAAUGAUACCCGUUGAGAUUGGCGAGCCGAGUCCACGAUUACUUCUGAAGGGGGUAGAGGAAGCUGUGGAAAAGGACCUAGCAGAUGAGGCUAGGGAGAUGGCCCAUUUGUCAGAAAUAGCACUAAAGCAAAGAAUGACCCUACGCUACAACACCAGAGUGCUCAAGAGAGAAUUUGAACAAAAUGACCUCGUCCUGCAACGCAACGAUAUCGGGCUACCAACUCAAGGGGAAGGUAAACUGCUGGCAAACUGGGAAGGCCCCUACAGAGUCAGAGAGGUAAUUGGCAAGGGCGCCUACAAAUUGGAGAAGCUCGAUGACAAGGAAGUCCCGAGAACUUGGAAUGCAGGUAACUUGAGAAGAUUUUAUUCCUAG